AUGCCUCCUCGCCAGAGAAUCGAGACAGAGGCCGACGUCGCUGCCGAGCUCUCCCAGCUCCGCCAGGUCGCCCACGGCUACGCAAACCCGGGCAUAGACAUCUCCGAUCGCGACCACUCUCAGUGGGACUUUUCCUCGUUCCUGUGCUCCCAGCUGUCCGACGACGAGGUCGGGAAUCUUGCCCGGGUGGUUUUCGCCCCCGAAAGGACUUGGUACCGGUCCGCGGCCUCGGUGGAAUGCCGCAAGCGCUUCGACGCGGUCAAGAACAAUCUGGGCUACCAGUCUGUCGAGCACGUCUUCUUGACCCUCAACUCCCUCGCCAACGCCAAGGACAAGGCCAAGCGCAAGACCGAUGCCGAGAUCCGCGCCGCCAUUAAUGCCGCUGCUGCCACCAGGCACGCCAAUAAUCCCGGCGCCGGCAAUAAUGCCGAGUCUUUGGCCGUCGAGUGGACGCCCGAGGACUUUGAAGCUGCUUUCAAGGAGCAGCCUGCUUGCUCCGAGACCUCUUCUCCUUUUGUCGCUUGGCCCAGUCCCGUGCGACGCCCUGCCCCUCCCCGCAAGCGUCCCCUCGAGGAGCUCAACUACGAGCCCCCUAGCUCCAAGCGGGCACGCAUCGCCGCCUCUGCCGUUGAUGGGGAGGAGGAGGAGAAAGAAGGAGAUGCGCUGGAGGAUUGCCGUGGUGGGGCGGCCCCAAAGAAUCAUGAAUUUGGUUUCUUUGACCUUGGUGGUGGUGAUGAGACUGGCGGUAGCAGCCGCGAGAUGGGAAAGGGGAAGGGCAACCAGACUGCCCUCGAUCCCUUCAACUCCGAGGAGGAAGACGAAGAAGAAGAAGGAGAAGAGGAAGAGGAGGAGGAGGAUGAGCAUGAAGAGGAAGACGACGAUGAUAUCAAGAUCGUGGAGGCCCUGGCUGAGACGGCUCUGGCCCUGCCGAUUCCCAAGGGCAGAUUCAGCAAGGACAGCCUCUUUGUCGACAUCCUCAAGGGUUUCAAAGCCGCUGCCAAAAUUACCAGCCGGAGCUCCAAGGAGAUGUUGACAUUGGAGAAGGAGGAAGCUGUGGAGAAGAAGAGAGGAUUCUUUUAA